CCGCCCCACCCCGCGACCUCCCUUUUCCGCUCGGAGGAGUCGUGGCUGCUCCCAAGACCCAGGGGCCUCUUGCCGCAAUGGAGGAAGAGGGUGACCGAAGGCGUAGCGGGGUCUUGGGUGUUGCUUAUGAAUAUACUGUAGUCGUCUUUCUGAUCUGGCCAACGAGUAUAUCCAGGCUCUAGUAUGCGCUUUUUAGCAGUGAAAUAAGAGAAUUCUGUGCAGAAGACUCUCAGACAGUAAGGAUUGUAUCCUAGAGCCGCUCUCCCUGCCAGAAAGUCCAGGUGGCUCCACCACUUCAGUAGGUUCUCCAUCUGUGCCUUGUAUUUUCUGUGAAGAACAUUUUCCUGUGGCUGAACGAGACAAACUUCUGAAGCACAUGAUUAUUGAGCAUAAGAUUGUCAUUGCUGAUGUUAAGUUGGUUGCUGAUUUCCAGAGGUACAUUUUAUAUUGGAGGAAAAGGUUCACAGAACAGCCUGUCACAGAUUUUUGCAGUGUGAUAAGAAUUAAUUCCACAGCUCCAUUUGAAGAACAAGAAAAUUAUUUAUUAUUAUGUGAUGUUUUACCAGAAGAUAGAAUUCUUAGGGAAGAGCUUCAGAAACAGAGACUGAAAGAAAUUCUGGAACAACAGCAGCAAGAGCGGAAUGAUACCACUUUUCAUGGCGUUUGUAUGUUUUGCAGUGAGGAAUUCCUUGGAAACAGAUCUGUUCUUUUGAACCACAUGGCCAGAGAACAUGCUUUCAACAUUGGAUUGCCAGACAACAUUGUAAACUGCAAUGAAUUUCUCUGUACAUUACAGAAGAAACUUGACAAUUUGCAGUGCCUGUACUGUGAGAAGACCUUCAGGGACAAAAACACACUUAAAGAUCACAUGAGAAAAAAGCAGCAUCGUAGAAUCAAUCCAAAGAAUAAAGAAUAUGACCGAUUUUAUGUCAUUAAUUAUUUGGAACUUGGAAAAUCAUGGGAAGAAGUUCAGUUGGAAGAUGAUCAGGAGUUGCUUGACCAUCAGGAGGAUGACUGGUCUGAUUGGGAAGAACACCCUGCCUCUGCUGUCUGUCUCUUCUGUGAAAAGCAAGCAGAAACAAUUGAGAAACUCUAUGUUCACAUGGAGGAUGCACAUGAAUUUGAUCUCCUAAAAAUAAAAUCAGAACUUGGAUUAAAUUUCUAUGAACAAGUAAAACUGGUCAAUUUCAUUCGAAGGCAAAUUCACCAAUGUAGAUGUUAUGGCUGCUGUGUGAAGUUCAGUUCCAAAGCAGAUUUAAGGAUUCAUAUGGAAGAAACUAAACAUACUUCAUUACUUCCUGAAAGAAAGACAUGGGAUCAACUGGAAUAUUAUUUUCCAACCUAUGAAAAUGACACUCUCCUGUGUACACUCUCUGACAGUGAAAGUGACCUGACAGCUCAGGACCAUAACAAACACGUUCCCGUCAUCAGUGAAGACACAUCUAAACUGCACGCUUUGAAACAAAGCAGUAUUUUGAACCAAUUUGUACUACGAGAGUCCUUGAAAAACUAGAAGAAACUGUAGAAGUGACUUCAUGGUUUUCUGAAACAGACACAGAACAGUUUAAAUUUGAACAUCAGCAAAGGAUUAGUCCUUAGUGAAAUAGAUUUGUGUAAAUAAAUGGGUUUUUAAGGAAGACUUUUAAUAUUUUGGCUAUCAGGUUUUUAUUAUAUGAUCAUCAUGAAUGAUCUCAUUUCAUUAAAUUCAUAAUUAUUUAUAAGGAGGUCAUGCAAAUCACAAAGAAAUGUUUCAGCUCUUCAUAAACUUGAUUGUAACCAGUUGUUUCAGCCUUCUCACAGGCCUCCUUAAUCCAGUGAGUCCCAAAUUUAACAGUGUGAUUUCUGCAGCAUAUUUGUAAAUUGUAAAUGAAGUAGGAAAAAAA